AUGCGUUUCCUGGUGAAAGCUCCGGCUCUCCCAAGUCUGAGUACUUCACCGACAGCGUAUGAGAGACCAGCAAAGAAAGUCAAAAAGGAAGAUGGACCUGUUUUAUCGCAGCCAUCAGCCGUUAUCAAGGAAGAACUGGCAGAUAAUCCAACUGCUGUAGCAGCGUCGACAGAACGAAUGCCCACUCCAUGCUGGGAAGUCACCCAAUACCUUCUCUCCGAGACUGACCCAGACUAUGAUGAACGGCAUGCCCUCAGUCAAGCAUUGAAAGCAUGGGUAAAGGAUGCUGUGAGUGAUCUCUCGACGCCAAGGAGAACCACCCCUCCCAGUAGCGAAGAUAUUGAAAGUUUGAGGAGCAUUGCCAAUGUCCUCAGCACCGGUGCAUUACACCACGUACUUCUGUCCAGAUUGAUGAGGGGUGACGGGAGUGGUAACUAUAUCAAAGCAUUCUGCAACACGAGCACCUACCUGAUUCUGCUCGUGAGUGGUCUGUAA